CACCAAACCAGACGGCAUAAAAGAACUUCCAUCUGCUAAUCCGCCAGCCAUUGGCCUCCUUAUUCUCCUCCUUAUGGAGCGUCGUAAACAUGGCUGCCGACAUAAGCGUCCCAGGCCAAAUCAUGCCGCUUGGUCGGACCAAAAAUCGCCGUGUGAGCCCGGCAAACGUGUAGCCCAAAAUUUGGGUUGAAAAGGUGAGGAGGAUUUGAUAGGUGAUGCUGGCCUCCUGCUUGUAGAACUGCGUUUGCUCAACGAUGACCUGUGCUCCUUUUCGUUCCAACGACCCUGAGAAAGCCAAAGCCGAAUCUUGUCCAAUACGCCUCUUCGCUCCCAUGGAAUGAUGUGUGGUGACGGAUACUCGGAUGAAUAUAUGGAGGCAUUCUCGCUUCGAAAGCCAUCGACGUACUCAUCCGGUGGAUCGUCAGACCGUUUUAGAAGAUAGUCCCACAAGAGACCGAGGGGAUGUACAAGUAGCAAUGCGAUGACGGGUGUGAUGGCAACACUGGGGUAUCUCAAGGAGAAAAACAAGUUGGUAGAAGAUCCGAGAAAGGAAAAAAGUAUGGACAAAGCCCACAUACGUGGUGUGUUGAUGGAAAGACUUGUGUUGUCGGUCGGCGCAACGGAAGCCCUGACUUGGGCAUAGGGAGAGUUGUCUGGGGGGUCGUUCUCAUCACCCUCGUCAAUCUCCGACUCGAAGAUAUAGGAUCUCGAAUCGUCAUCGUCCAUCUCAUCCGCCGUUGCCGUAUGAUUCUCCGUCAAAUCGUUCAACAGCGACGUCUCGGUGGUUCCAAAUCGGCCUUCCAGUCCUCCAACAGUAGUCGAGCUUCCCAGCGACUGGCGCGACGACUUUCUCAUAGUCACCGACAGCGACCUAGCUUGGGAGCUGGUGCGCCGUCGCCGCGACUCAAAAUCGCGUGUCGAUCGUCUGCUACCAUAUCCAGAAGACUCUUGUCUUUGGUGCGCAGCGCUGCCCUCGACUUCAGGAUCGGGUAUAGACUCAUUGGAUCCUCUUGGUGUAACGGAGCCGUACGAGGGGCUCUGAAAGCCCGCCGUCGAGCGGAGCGGGGGCAUGUCCUGCGUCAUGGGUGCCGGUUGUUGGCUGAAGUUUUCAAGUGUCGCUGUCGCUGUCGCUGUCGCUCUCGUCAGCAGCGGUAGGCGUAUUCGUCGUAAAUCUGGAUCUGCUGCCAUGGGAAUCUGCAGGGAGGAGAGUGACCUGGCUUUGAUCUGAUUCCCUGGCGUGGUUGUGGAUGGAGGGGCUGUGGAUGGAAAACUGAGAGGCCGGCGACGGCGUGGGGCCUUUGCCUUCUCUCUCAGCAGCGGAACCUGGCACUAGAGGUUGGAGUGGGAUGGAUUGUAAAUCUGGCGCGUCUAGUUUGUUUGCUGGUGCUGGGGCCAAUGGACCUUGCCUGCCACCUGACGACGACAUAUGCCUGUCUUUGCCCUGCCUCUCUGGGAUAGAGAUCCAGGUGAUUCGAGGGCCUUUACCAGUCUGGCAGGCGUAACCCACGCGACUGCGGGGCGAUGGGGGUUCCCGGGUCUCAAUGACGGGUGGGAGAAAACACGAGAGGCACGUUAACAAUGGGUUGGAGGGUACGGGAGUCCCGGGACAGAUCAGAUCCAAACGGCUGGAUAAGUGUCCUGCAGGUCCGCCCCGCCUCCGAUCUGAUAUCUCAAGAUGGAUGUGUGCUACACAGAGCCAGUUAGAGCCACCGAGUGCGCACUUCCAACCGAGUCUCUAUUGAGCGAGAUGGCUGUGGUAGUUUGGGGUUUGGGGAUUGCAUCCGAGUUUUGUAGAGAAAAACCGGCCAGGAAUCCAUCACUUGUUGCAACCUCCAGAUGUGCCCCGCUCAGGCCAUCUCCAGUGGAUCUGAUAUGGCGGCUCUAUCCGCUGCCUCCUCGGAAUUGUACUGGGCAUCCGGAAGGCUGAAAGACACAAACACUCAUGGCUGACUAGUUCAUGAAGUAUAUGAGGGUUGAAUAACGGUGAGAACUUUAGUUAGGAGACAAGCUUGGUUGGCGGAGAGAACGCAGCUACGAAAAGGCUUGUUUUUAAUGCUUCCGGCCAAGAAGCAUGGGCGGCUGCACUCUGACGACAUAUCAGACGCUUGGGGUUGAAGACUCCCGAUCCCGAAUCAGGCCAAGCCUUGGAUUGCCAACACGCAGCCGUCCUUCCCGAACGGAGCUCCUAGCGCCUUUUUAUCAGCCUCAAUCUCAACGUUCUCCAGCAUCACUGGGGAACCAGCUGGGGGUUUUGGAGAAAGCUGGGAAGGAAAUCGCAUAUCCGCAUUCAGCAAUCUUGACAUCGAAACACACCAAGAGACUUCAAGCAUUAACUUCAAUGCCCGAAGGCGCAGUAACAGAUGAAUUUGCGAUGGCGUCCCUCAACGCCGCCAAGCAACAACUUCGGACGGCUAUGAAGCACAAGCUCCAGGCCAUGACUCCCGAGUCUGUUCUCUCACAGAGCUUGGUCGUGUUCAACAAACUCAAAACCUUUCCGCCGUUUGUCAAGGCCAAACGAGUCAGUGUCUUUCUGUCCAUGCCAGGCGGCGAAAUUCAGACAGACGCCAUCGUCAGACACGCUUUAGCCUCCGGAAAGGAAGUUUUCGUGCCCUACCUUCAUAAAAACCCAGCCACAUCUCCAGCUCUUCCCGUGCGGGUCAUGGAUAUGGUGCGCCUUAAAGACUUGGCAGAUUAUGAAGGCCUGACGCCAGACAGAUGGGGCAUCCCAAGCAUCAACCCAGCCACCGUACACGAGAGACAGAGAGUCUUUGGUGGCCCGGACGCCCAGCACUCGCAGAGCACUCUGCUCGACCUCAUUCUCAUGCCGGGGGUUGCAUUUGACAUCGAUCCUAACAACGGCGCCAUCAGGCGGCUUGGGCAUGGCAAAGGGUUUUAUGACUAUUUCUUGAGCCGACACAGCGCAAAGUCGGCUGAGCUAGGGCAACAAGAGUCUCCUGUAUUGCUAUAUGGCUUAGCCCUGUCUGAACAGUUCCUGUCUCCGUCCGAGGGGGCAGUACCUGUUGGUCCUUUUGAUCAACCUCUGGACGGGCUCAUUCUCGGGAAUGGCGAGAUCAAAAGCCCUCCAGCUGCAAAAUAA